AUGACUUGGGCUACCAUCGAAAGACAUAUUCUUGUAUUUCAUAAUAAUUGGAUAAAUACUCAGAUAAAACGUUUUCUUAUGCAUUAUUUACCACUGGCAAUAAUCAUUCUAUAUGGUUUUGGCUUUUAUGCUAUUGUCAUAUUCUUUCCAUUAUGUGAGAAUGAAUUUGAUUACAUGCAAAAUUGGUGUGCUUUUCCAUGUUAUUUUAGUCAGACAAGUAUCAUGAUGUAUGAUGCUUUAUUCAAUUGUCUUUUACCAACUCCUCUGAUAGCUAUCACCAAUAGUUUACUAAUUAUUCGUGUUGUCAAACAAAAACAACGUCUUCAUCAACAUAUGAAAUGGAAAAAAUAUCGAAAAAUGAUUUUACAAACAAUAUUAUGUUCAGCAUUUUUUCUUAUAUUUAGUCUUCCUAUGACAAUACUCAUUCUCGUUCAUGUAUGCGGUGUACCAUAUGAAGCAACUGGUCAAGUUGAAGUCUAUUUUUAUUUUAUAUCGUAUUUCAUCAAUAUUUUUAUUCCUUUCGUAUGUCUUGGUUUGUCGCCGGAGAUCUGGAUAAAAAUAAUGAGAAGAAUGCAACGUUCCACAAAUAGAGUUACUACAGCAAAUAUUACAUUGCGUCCAAUUACGAUGAGACAAUCUGCAUUCUAA